AUGUGGAUAUCGUGUCGUCCACCAAGGCGAUGGAUUUUAUCGCUUAUUCAACUGACAAAACAUCUACUUCGUGAUCGAACAUUGGAGGAUUCAUUUCAUGCAUGGAAAUUACAAGAGGGAUUUGUUCAGAUUUUGACAUUUGUCAGUCAGUCGUAUCUCAACAAUGAAGGUACUGCAGAAUGGUCGACUUCCACGAAAGCGCUUCUCAGCAUCGCACAGAAGUUGAGUAGUGGUACUGUUGAAAAUGCGGAAAAGUUAGCGGCUUAUGGAAUUCAAAAGGUUGUUAUCGCAUUGUUAUAUGCGAAAGAGAUGACCAUUCUUCAGGCUACUCUCAAGUGUUUGGGAACGUUGGCUGAAAUGAGCGCUAUAGCAAGGGCUGACAUGAGCAAUUCGAUCACAGUGGAUGCGUGUCUUCAACUCGCAAAGGAUACUGAUCUGUUGACGCAAAAGUUGGAAUUUUUUUGA